CCGGCCGUAGAGGUAAAUGACACACCCAUCCAAUUUGAUAUUUUCUUACAGUUGGUUACUCGACGUGUCACUGGUGUCAUGUGAUGGAACGUGAGUCGUUCGAAAAUGCUCAGAUUGCUGAGAUAUUGAAUGAACAUUUUGUACCAAUCAAGGUUGACCGUGAAGAAAGACCUGAUGUGGAUAGAGUCUACAUGAAUUUUGUACAGGUGAUAGAAAUUAUAACAUUUGUGAACUUCCUGUGCCAGUGUAGGUAGUCCCAAUAAUAACAAGUUUCCGUUGGUAGGAAUGCAACUACCCUACCAACGAAAGCUUUUGGUAAUAACAUUCGGUUUAAAUCUGCUCUCCUCCUGGUAAUCACGACUCCCCCCCCCGAAAGUUUCUCCCAAAGCCCCCUCUCCCAAGUUAUCCCCUCUCCUCAACAAAGUUAAUAAAAGUUAUCCCCCCAAGUUCUCCGGCCCGCAUCCGAUGACUAUAGGCUGCUCAGUCCAAGCUGAUUAGGUCUUUUGCAUGUUAAAAUAUUCGCUCCUAGAUAAUGUUGGUCUGUCAAAAUUUGAAUAUGCAGCAAUUUUCAAUAAUUCCUUCGUUUACCGCCUAGGCAACAACAGGCCAUGGUGGUUGGCCAAUGAAUGUCUGGUUAAUGCCAGAUCUUCAGCCAUUUGUGGGUGGAACAUACUUCCCGCCAGAUGACAGUACAGGAAGACAUGGCUUCAAGACAAUUUUAUUGUUCCUCGUCAAACAGGUAUGCAUUCAUGUAGUCAUUAGAACUUCAGUGACGUAAUCCUUAGAGCAAGCGCUUUUCACUUUUGAAAUUGUGGGUUCGAUUCUCGCUGUGGAUUCAUGACAUUCAUUUGAAAAGAUUCUGUUAUAUCUUUGUUACUAAAACGAAUAAUCGGCAUCUUUGUUGCCGAGAAAAGGAAUAUCAAAUCUAUUGAAAAGAGUCGAUCAACGCUCUACCGAAAAUCGUGGGUUUUCUGCGAGUACACACGUAAAAAUCUCACAACUUGUCAACAAGAUGUGUUCGCAACAGACUUUUAGCAAGCUUGUCAACAAGUUGUAACAAUGUUGUUAUUGUAUCAAGUUACUACAAGGUUGUCACUCACAACUUGUCGACAAAUUGUUGAAUUGCAGGACGAUAGCAAGUUGUUGGAACAACUUGUUACAAGUAUGUUGAGCUCAACAACCUUGUACCGAGUUGUCGAGAAGCCGUUGAAAAUUUGUUAAGAAGUUGGGAACAAGUUGUGUGAACACAUCCUGUUGACAAGUUGUUGGAACAGCAACAGGUUUGUUACAACUGGUGCGUUUUUAUGCGUGUACUCCGAUUUCCUCCCAGACAGCUGCUCUGAAACUCCUGUUGAAAACAACAUAUAGUACAGCGAUUUGUGAACUUACAGACUUUGUUAAUUUUCAGUGGAAAGAAAAUCAGACUCGGCUUGGUAUGCAAGGCAGUUUGGUUAUGACAGCAAUCAAACAACAGCUGGAUGUGAUUAUGAGUGCUCAACAGAAAGCCCCUGAAACGAAAUGCAUCGAAAGUUUAUUUACUAAACUGAGUGGUUCUUUUGACGAAACUCAUGGCGGCUUUGGUGGAGCUCCACGAUUUCCACAACCAAGUACGUAUUUUUAAGACGAGAGAAAACCGUGGAGUCGUAAGCG